UUGAAUUAUAAAAAUAGAACAAAAGAGAAUGGGCUCAUCGGAAUCCUGACCAACAAGUAAGGAAAAUAAAGCCCUCUUUCAAGUUUUAGAGAGUUUGCAAAAAGAAACAAAGAAAAGUGAGGAAAUAAAUGUGCCAGUUGAGGUUAUCCCCAAGAAAUUUACAGAAACUUACUACAUGAAAUCCUUUGACAAGACAGAGAGAUACCCUCCUAUUAAGGAUGCAUUGGACGACCUUAAGUGCAUAUGCUCAAAGAGUUAUAUCGGCGAUUUGUACGAGAAGCAUAAGGAAUCCCUUGCGAAAGUAGUCACUUCCAUCUGGACUAAAGAUAUAGAAUUCACAAAGCUAAUCAAUGCAGCACUAAUUGUUGAUUCUGUCAAGACCUUUAAUAAGGAUGUUUCAGAGAAAAAUUAUAAAUUGAUGAAAGAAGAGGUAGCCAAGUCAGGUAAAACCUAUACAGAAAUCAUUGAUAAAAGCAUAAAGUUCAUGAGGCUCCUCAACUCCUACAUUGUUGAUAAAGGAAUGGGAUUCAACACAGAAGAUAGAGUGGUGUAUAGAGGAGUUUCUACAGAAAUCUUUCGUAAUGUUGAAUGCGGAAAGACCUUCAGAAUAGUGAAUUGGAGUAGCUGUAGUGAAGAUCUACAUUUAGCUAAAUUUUUCUCAGGAUUUUGAGGUCCUCAAGAUGAAAAGAAUAGGACAGUAGCAAAGUUUAAUAUCAAGAGUGGGUGUUACAAUGCAGGCAAGCUUAAUGAUAUUGGAAUGUCCUGUCAUAGAGACGAAAAAGAGACUUUACUCCCACCUUAUACUAUUUGAACAAUCAAAUAAGAAGACGAAGCUUCGUAAUACCACCUUAAACAGUCUCGUCUCUGAUUCUUCUUCUUAUGCUAAUGAGAACAGCAGUGAAACUUUUUCACAGCUAUUUGCAGGAGAUGAGACUGAGUCCGAAACAGAAAUAACCCAUUUGCUCGAGGUGGACAUUUGAGUUGACAACAAGUCUUGUAAAUUAGAAGUUGAGAGUGCAUGCUAUUUCUAGCCAAAUUAAGCCAAGUUCAACCA